GCGGAACAGUGCUCGUUAUUGUAUAUUAACCAAAUGACGUCAGGCCUUUCCAUUCACCAGAACGACACCAUCUAUCCACUUCAGCAUGUCACUCAGGCGCUCAGCGCGUGUCGCUAGUAGCAGCGCAAUAGGUACGCCUGAAGCAAAAGCCUUAAAUGGUACUGCAAAAUACGAAAAGAUAAACAAAUCUGCUCCGGCGUCAAAGAAACGCAAGAGUAGAGCAUCCGCGACAUCACCAUCGCAGCCCACGGAAGAAGAAUCAAAUGGCACCAUCAUCGCAGCUCCAGACCUCCCUUUUGUAGUCCCAGAACUACCUGCAACGCCCUUGCCGAAAAGGCGCAAAGCCGCAUCUGAGUCUCCCGUGAAGCCACUACCUUUCACACCAACUCCUUCCGGCGUGGGGUUGAUCGCUUCAACAACAAGAGAAUAUGGGCAUCCAUUGGAAGAUCUGGCGGGUCUCAAGUCCCGUCCAGCAGAGCCCCACGCAACCAACGCUCCCCUUUCAACACCUGGAGGCUCACGCGUCGUCGCAUACCAAAGUUCUCCCAUCAUGCCGCCGCCAUCUGCAUCUCAAGACGCACCACCAGCCUCCCAAGAAUCUCCCACUAAGAAGCGGAAAGCGAAAGAAUAUGUCCCGCCAGACGUUGGCGUAAUACCAGCGGCCAGCACGAAUAUCGACAGGUUAUUAAAGGACGCAGAGGAGUUUUUGGUCAAGAUUGAUCCAAAGUUACAGGGACUGGUUGAGAAGCAUCAUUGUAAGAUGUUUAGUCCCGAGGGAUUAAGAGAAGUCGUGGAUCCGUUCACGGCGUUGAGUAGCGGGAUUAUAGGGCAGCAGGUAUCAGGACAGGCGGCUGCGAGCAUCCGCAAGAAAUUCACAGCCCUCUUCCCAGAAACACAUCCUUCCUUCCCCUCACCCGCCCAGGUCAUCGCAAAAGAUCUCCCUACCCUCCGCACUGCCGGUCUGUCUCAGAGAAAGGCAGAGUAUAUCUCUGGGCUCGCUGAAAAGUUCACCAAUGGCGAGUUUACAGCGCAAAUGCUCGUUAGCGCAAGCGACGAAGAGUUAAUAGAGAAGCUGGUCGCGGUGAGGGGCUUAGGGCGAUGGAGCGUGGAGAUGUUUGCAUGUUUUGGACUGAAGAGGAUGGAUGUAUUUUCAACGGGGGACUUGGGUGUGCAACGAGGUAUGGCGACCUACAUGGGCCGGGAUACCAACAAGCUGAAAGCCAAAGGCGGCAAGUGGAAAUACAUGUCCGAGAAGGAGAUGUUGGACAUAGCGUCCCAGUUUUCGCCUUACAGAUCGUUGUUUAUGUGGUAUAUGUGGCGGAUCGUGGACGUUGAUAUUAGUGUUAUGCACUGAGCGCAUUUGGAAAGAUGUUCAACUAUGUUGUCAUAGUGAGGUAGUUGCAUCCAGCGAUUGAGUAUCUGCAAAGUUCGUUUGAGGUUGUGGUGGGGUCGGGUUGCAGUACAUACGCCAGCUACACAAUCGGUCAGAGUGCGCUUCCAAAUCCGCAUACUUGGUCAUAGAGAAUAAAUGGCCAGCCCCUUGGCGUCAACUCUGGUGAAGUCAUACAAUCACGUUAUGUAAUUGAGCGAGGUUCCAUUGGUAGAUCAUCACAGAAGCAAU